GUUGCGUACACGACAGUCGACAAUCAUUUUGCGCAAAAGCACGACCCGUCGGAAAACAAGAUGGUUUAUCUGAGCUUGAGUGUGCUCAUGCUGAUGGCCGUAACUGCCGUGAAAUCUGGCGUAAAGGAGUUGGAUGCCGGAGAACUUCAGGAACACAUGGAAAUGACGUUCGAGAAAAGUACGAAUUGUGAUAAAUUUCCGAAUUGGAAAAUUAGACUGGAAAAUGUAUCCUUAGAACAAUCUGGAAGAAACAAGAUGUUCCUCAGCGGAACCCUGGACAUGAAAGUGGGACUAACAAAAGAUUUCAAGCUGAAAGCCAUCUUAACUAAAUGUCCGAGCAAGUCCGAAAGAGGGAUGUGCGAAGAGUUCCCGCCAGAGAAGAUUGACGAUUUCUGUGCGAAACUGCCUCAAAAGGACCAAAUGUGGUCAGAAUUUGUUGAACAUCUACAACACUUCAAACCAGAAUGCCCAGUACCAAAAGGAUAUUAUAAGUUCGUCCACCAUCCACUUGACAUGAGCAGCAUGUCCAAUAUGCCAAUCAUGGAGGGAUACUGGAUUAUAAGAACCGAAGGCUAUUACGACGGCGAAAAGGUCAUGUGCGAACAAAGUGAAGUGUCUUUUGCACGUAAGAAGAAGAGGAACCACGGCUAACACACAACACGAACACGUACAAUUAUAAGCACUUAAAACAUACACGUGUUCAUAUUAAAGCCAUUUCUUUUACCUUGCCUUCAGUUAACCUGCAAUAAAAACAUUCAGAUUUAAGCGCUGUGUAUUUUUACAAUUUACUGACUGAAAUUCAAGUACUUGAUAAUCCACUGAAACUUCAUCUUGAACUCUGAAGCCUGUGAACUAUUCAUAAAAUAAAAAACUCACACCAAA